CAAUACUAUAGGUACAAAAUUGUAUUGACUUCAUAAUGAUUUUCUCCUUGGAUGAAGUAGUCCAUUUGUUAGGGUUAACACUCUUUGAAAUGUGGAUCAAUUUAAUCUCCUUAACAAUCUUCACCAUACUAUUAGCCUUUAAAUUGGAUAAUAAUUAUUUUAUGGAGCCAUCAGAAUGGUGGACUGUGUUUUCACCACUUUUUAUUGCCGAUGGUUUGAACACAUAUUUUUGUGCUAUCAUAUUUAUAAGAAUGCAUAUGGAGGGAAUGAUCAAAGCAGCUAUUCUUAGAGCAAUGUGGAGUGUGAUAUCAUUGCUUUUGAUCUUUGUCUUUAAGUAUCUGCUGUGUAAAAAACUCGCUGGACAAAGCCCUUUAGAAUAUUCGGAAGUAAUGAGUCCUGUAUUCAUUCUUCUGCAGCUAGUAGCAGUGAGAGCCUGUCAUAUUCAUUGAGGAAAGCAAGAAACUGUUUUUUGGAUGUACCACAGUGCUUCCAAAAUAUCUGCCAUGUAUGAUAACACGUGUUACCAUAUAUCAUAUGAUUGUAUAUAUAUUACAUCUCAUAAAAUUAAUUUCAUAGAUUAAACCAUUAAAAAGAUAUUCUCUCUACAAAUAAACAUAUUAUAUUUUUA